GUGAUUUGUUUGCGUGAAGAUGUCUGGAUCAUGCUCAUUUUGUUCAUUCCAGUGGCUUUUGCUACCUUCUUGUUUUGGUAUCUACCUGUCAUAAUGCACUUUUAUUAUAUGCCUAUUUCCUAUUUAGAUUAUUAACAUGUGUAUGCAUCGCAUGGUCUGUGAUUGAAAACGCGAUGACUUGUUAUAGCCAAGCAUUUUAGCUAGUCAUUUGAAACACUAGAAAAUUUGAGGUAUUGUAGGUCACUAAUAUUUCAGGUUUGACGCACACCUGACAUUUUAGAUCUAAUCAUUUGUAAUACAUGUAAUUUGGAUGACACUUUGUAAUCAAUUUAUAUAUUCCAUAAAUUUGCCAUUAUUUGUACACUGUAGUGUACAAAGUAAUAAUCUUUUAUUUUGUUGAUGCAGAAUUUUCAGUCUUGAUUCAUUUGAAUUAAAAAUGUGCCAUAAGUUAGAUUUUACUCUAUUUUUACUGACCCCUUUCCUUUCUUUCUUGUUAGCCAUGCUUUUAUUGUAAAGACAUCAAAACACGAGAAGGAAGUCUUCAGAAUCAUUGGCUGAGCGCAAUCAAAUGGAAACAAGAAUAAAGAUUAAAUUAGAGCCCGAAGCCAGUGCUUGGACGAAGGCCAGUGCGAUAAUUCUCCCUUGAAAAAUGCCUUUUCUUCAAUUGUGGAGUGCACCAGAAAAAUUCAUACUAGGCGCCAAUCGCAUUGCAAUUGCUACGUUUUGUUGGUUGGAUAUGUUUACGAACAGAAAUACCCACAGAAGAACAAUAUCUCUUAACUGCCACCCUGUAAAAUAAUAAAUUACAAAACGUAAGAAUCGCGUAUUAGUUAAACUUUCUGGAACCUUAAACAGCCGUUCCGUUCCCUUCCAGAUAAAUGUUUUAUGUCGGUGAGUUGGUAUUGGUGUAGUGAGCGUAAGAAGAAAACAAGUAAAAAGAAGGAUGUAAACAAACCAAACAAGUUCAAGUUGUGAUGUGCGUUCAGGAGAAUUUAAACUUAAGUUAUUGUUGAUUAGUAUCAUUCUAGUUGUGCAGUUUUGUGAUUUUUCCCUUUAGAAUACAUAGUUACUCCAAACUUCAUUAAAGAAAAUCAAGUAUGAAAAUCAUUCGGCCUUGGUGUUGUGCUUGUUCAACAUAGCUAUAGCUGCUGGAAGUUAUGUGCAUUGUUGACCUUUAGAAAAAGAUAAAGAGCCAAAUUUUCCUUUUGAUACUAUUUGUUCUUGAAAAAUGGACCAGCAUCAUGGAGAAGAAAAAAAUAGAGAUGAAAAUCUGGCAUACUUAGAUGGCACAAAUCUCCUUGUAGACCCGGGUGAAGAUGUUGCAGAUUUAUUUCAGAACUUUAACAAACGUUUCUUUUGGGGGAAGUUAAAAUAUGUUGAAGUCAGUUGGAGUCCAAGAAUGACGCUGUGUGCCGGACUGUGUGUCUAUAAACGACGCCCAGGGUUGUGCUCAAUACGACUAAGUCGUCCCCUUCUUUCACUCCGUGCGAAAGUGGAUUUAGUGGAGACUCUCCUUCACGAAAUGAUUCAUGCUUAUUUAUUUGUCACUGAAAACAACCGUGACAGGGAUGGGCAUGGUCCAGAGUUUUUGAAGCAUAUGGAUCGCAUCAACAAAGAAGUUGGUUUAAACAUAUCAGUAUAUCAUACUUUUAGUGAUGAAGUACGACUUUAUCAGAAACAUGUAUGGCUUUGUAAUGGUCCCUGUCAAACCCGCCCUCCCUAUUUUGGAAAAGUUCAUCGAGCCAUGAAUAGAGCACCUGGAUCAUAUGAUUUUUGGUGGUCAGAGCAUUUAGAAAGUUGUGGGGGUACAUAUUCAAAAAUUUCUGAGCCUGAGGGAUAUGAACCUCCAAAAAAGAAGAAAGUUCUCAGCAAAAAAGUAAUACCUACAAAAAAUUGCUUAGAUAUAAGAACAUUUUUUGGACCCGUGAACAAAAAAAGUAUUGAUAACACUAAUACAAGUCCAAAAAAAAUGUCUUUUCCUGGUGUGCACAAUACGGAUCAAGGAGAAACAACUCUUAUCAGUAUUGAUAAAAAAUCUGCCACAUCUGAAGUUAUCUCAGGAACAGAUACUCACCAAAUAAGUGAUAUCAAAAAUUCAAAAGAUAUUACCAACAUCAGCUCAGAAGAGAGUGACAGUGAUAAUGACAAUACUACUUCUGAUACCAGCAGCAAUGAUGAUGGUAUUUUUGGAAAUUUUGCUUCCAUAUUUGAUAUGCCUCUUAGAUUCUUCAAGAGGAAAGCUGACGAAUCGUCUGAUCCACAUUCUAUCAAAAUCAGAAAACCUGACUUUAAUGCUGUGUCUAGUUCUAAAGGAAAAACGCUGAAGAAUCUAAUUUCAGUACCCGACCAACCAACCCUUGAUGCAUUUUAUCAAAAAAAGAAGUUUUCUUCAAAAGGCAUCUUUUCUAAAACACCAAGUUCUAAUACAGGAAAUAAGAAAAACUUAAAUCAACCAUUAUUGAAAUCAUUUUUCAAGAAGAAAUCAACGUUAUAAAGAAUUCAGCAUUUGAUUUCAAAAUCUUAAUAGUACUGUUUUUGGAAUAUUGUUGGGAAACGUGUAGAGGGCCACCUGUCUGAUGUCUGAGUAGUGCUUCCUUUAAUGCUGCUUGUUUCAUAUUUUACUUUAGAAGGCUAAGUUGUAUGAACUUAGAUUUAAAACUAUUUAUGUAUAUAUUAAAAGUAUACUCCACAUCAUCAGAA